AUAUAUUUCAGCCAAUUAGAACAACUUUUGUAAUGCCCCCGUUCCGGGGUGGAGGUGGUCCGGACGCUUCGCUUCGAAGCUGUCCAGAUCCUCUCGCCAGCGUUCAGUCCCAGGUUCUCAAAGCCCCACGAAACUCCGACCAUGCUCAUCAAGACCUCUCAUCGAGAUGUUCCAACCGCAGCGAACGGCAGUAAAGGGACCAUGCGGAUCUACGUCAUCGAGCCAAACGUCCCAGAGUAUCCGGAAGCCAAGUUCCCAGGCGUAGUGGUCUUCAGCGAGAUAUAUCAAGUAACUGGGCCUGUCGAACGCUUCGCCAGCAAUAUCGCUUCGGAAGGGUGGAUCGUCGCUCUGCCCUCUAGCUUUCACGAGUUCGAAGGGCCGGAAGCUAUCCCUUAUGAUACGGAAGGAACAGACAGAGGAAACAAGUACAAGGUUGAAAAGACGGUCGAAGCUUACGACGAGGACGCGACACUAUCCGUGGACCUGCUCUGCAACUUAUCAAACUGCACUGGGCGGAUAGCAGCUACGGGCAUGUGUCUCGGGGGUCACCUGGCAUUGAGAUGUGCAUUCGAUCCCAGAGUACUGGCUUCAUUCUGCUACUUUGCUACCGAUGUUCACUCCUCAACUUUAGGUAAAGGCAAAUCAGAUGACUCGCUUCAGCGGAUCGAACAAGGACACCUCAAAGGCGAAAUCUCCAUGGUAUUUGGCAAACAAGAUACGCACGUGGAUCGUGAAGGCAGAUCCCUAAUCAGAAACACAAUGGACGAUGCAGGGGUGAUCCUGAACUUUAUCGAAGUUCAAGCUCAGCACGCUUUCAUCCGGGACGAAUCGAGCAAGGGCAGAUGGGACGCAGCUUUAUCGAGGAGUCUGUUCGGAAUGAUGAUGGAGACGUUCAAUCGAGUCGUUGCGAGAGAUUUGGGUCCGAGAGCUUCUUCAGGGGCAAAGGUGGAACACGUCUGCUGAGGCAGAAGAAGAAUCUUUCAUGAUGUAGAUAGAUGCAGCUCAUUAAGGUCGUCAGGUCUUGAUGUCAUAUGAUAUCGUAUCACCCCCUGUUCGCAUCACUUGCGAGCUCUCAGUCUGCCAUUCUCUCUGGACCACAAUUGCUCGACCUCCGCCUUCUCCUUGACCAGUAGCUCG